GAUAUGUAUGCAUUAACCAAAACUUGAUCUUCUAGCUUGUUUCCACAAGUAACUAUACACUUAAUGAAAAACAUCCUCAAAUGCCUUGAUGGCACAAAAAUUUUCAUCAACAGCUAUUCAUGAUUUCUUAGGUAAGUUACGUCACAGUUUGGCCUUCAUAGUAGUUUUCGCUACAUAUAAGUAAUCGCCAAAUAUUUCUACAGAUAAAAGGAGAAAAAAAUCUGGACAGCCUUUGCAUAAUUACACAAAAUAGUACGCAUAUAAAACAAAGCACAUUGAUAUUUCGAGAUAAUUUUCUAUGGAAUAGCAUGCACCACAAUUUACAUUUAGACAUAUUUCAGUUAGUUAUCUUACACACAAAAAACAUACCAUUUUUUUUAAAUUUUAGAUUUUGUUAAUUCGACGUAAAUAAGCUAAUAUCCGGUUUGAUGACGUAAAUGAAAUUAUAUUAAAGUGGGAAAGCGGAUACAAAGAAAUAAUUGCACUAUUGCUUGCGUUCUUUAUUUUUAUCUUACCGCUGACUGAAUCACACAAAAACAAGAAUAAUACAGUGUUAUUUCCGGGAAUAUAAGGAUCAAAGAUAAAAUGAAAAGUUGACUUUCGAAACAGGAAAAGUACUACAUAUAUGAUAGAAGAGAAGUGUACACCAGGAUAAGAACACAUGGAACUGUCGCUGUGGUUAGUCUUCUCACGGGAUCUGUAGUUGCUAAGUUUUAUACCGAUGACAACGGAGGAAAAGCUGGAUUGUUGACCGGUAACAGCAGCUCGACUAGUAACGGUACCGUUGAUCCAUUUGAAGACACGGAUUCAGAACCGUAUCUGCCGGUGGCGACAAAACUGGGUAUUGUAAUGACAAUAUCUUUACUUGUGGGAUUUACACAGAUUAUCAUGGGUGUGCUUAGGCUCGGAUUUGUCACCACGUACAUGUCCGAUCCAUUGAUUGCUGGCUUUACAACAGGCACAGCGGUUCAUGUCGGAACCAGCCAGGUGAAAUAUAUCCUUGGUCUAAAAAUUCCCCGCACUGAUGGACUCUUUCAAGUUGUGAAGACAUACAAGUUCAUAUUUGAAAGGAUCUCACACACGAAUGUGGCCACCCUGGUCGUCUCCCUAAUCUGUAUUGUCAUUUUGUAUCUGGUCAAAGUUCAGAUCAACCAAAGAUUCAAGGCUAAGCUGAAAAUACCGGUCCCUAUAGAACUUGUUGUGGUUGUGGCAGGAACAGUGACAUCGUACUUUGCCCAUUUUCACGACAACUAUCAUAUCAAGGUCGUCGGCAAUGUGCCAGCAGGACUUCCGGAACCAGCGCUGCCAUCGUUUGAAGGUACAGACAAAUAUAUCGCAGACAUCCCAAUUAUCGCUAUCAUCUCUUUUGCUCAGUCCGUGUCUCUUGCAGCAAUGAUGGCAAAGAAAAACAAAUACGCCAUUGAUGCAAAUCAGGAGUUGAUAGCGUAUGGGGCUGGCAAUGUGUUUGGCUCAUUUUUCUCGUGCUAUCCAUAUGCUGCCUCAGUUUCAAGGAGCUCCGUGCAGGAAUCAGCUGGUGGCAAGUCGCAGAUAGCAAGUCUGUUCUCGGCUGGUAUGGUACUGAUAGUUAUAUUGUGGCUGGGACCUCUGUUUGAAUCUCUGCCGAAUUGUGUGUUAUCAGCAAUCAUUGUGGUGGCAUUGCGAAGCCUUAUCCUACAGGUUCUGGAGCUGCCAAAGAUAUGGAGAACUUCAAAAUACGAUUUUUACAUAUGGGUUGUCACGUGUUUAAGUGCCACGUUGCUGCACGUUGAUUACGGGCUGAUGAUCGGACUCGUGUUUUCAUUCUUCACUGUUGUACUGAGGACACAGAUGGCAAGACCGACCAGACUUGGUAAAAUUACUGAACAAAAUGUAUACAAAGAUCCUAAGAAAUACCUGAAGACAGCUCAAUUGAAUAAUGAGAUAAAAGUGAUUGGCUACAACUACCCAAUUUACUUUGCCAACGGUGACCUCUUUGUCCGUGAAGUGUAUCGCUUAGCAACCGUGAAACCGGAAGUUCUAAGAAAACAGAUCCGUAGGGCGUCCCAGAGUUUGAGCCGUAGUACCUCGGUUGACACCAUGGGAAGUAACAGCGCCAUUGUGAAAAUGCAGCGUCAGGAUAGUAUAGCAUCCACCAAUGGCCAGCUCCCCGAGAUCUACGACAUUAAUCCGUUCGAGUUUGAGAUCCCCAUCACUCAUAUCAUUUUCGACUUCUCCUCUGUGGCCUUUGUCGACAGUGUCGGGUGCAAAGUGAUCAAAACUCUUAUUCAGGACUAUGAGAAUGUACAUGUGAGAGUGUACCUGACAAAUAUUUCUGAUGAUAUCUGGAAUGUUUUUGAGGCAACAGAAAUUCUCCCAACUCGCAAAGACAUCAUAUUUGUGUCUUUAGACGACGCCAUUGAAACCGCGAGAACGGACAGCAAACCGGAAAUUAACGACAAUGGACUAAGUAAGAUUUCUUUCAUGUAACUUAAAAGCAGAUGUAAUUCUGGGAUCUGGGAUUUCUUAUCAUGAACACAAACGCUAUUACUAGAUGACCGGUGAUAAAAUUAUUACUUUAGGUUCGGAAGACGUGUUUUAACGGACUAUUUCCACAACAAAGAUCAAAACAUAUAACUCUAUUAGCAAACAACAUUUACACAAAUUUAAAGAUAAUUAUAAGAUCAGGACAGAAAGUUUUAGUCAAAAGUUGAAAACGAUGUGUAUGCACUUGUGCAACCCAUACUUAUGUAUUAUUCCACACAAUCGGUACCAAUUCUGAACCUUUUCUGUGUAAGUUUUUGACAUUUCUUGAGUGACGUAUACUACCCUGUUAAAGUUGAUUGGCUCUGUUAUACGUAUGAAUAUUUUUACAUUUAGUGUAAAUAGUUCGUUCACUCACUGUUGUAUAUAAUGUUUAUCAAGACUGCAAUGUAUGUAUGCUGUUAUACAGUGUAAUAAAACUAUUAUGUAUUAAA